AUGGAGACAGAAGGCAAAUCUACUCACUCCCAAACCGAUGUACUCAUCAUCGGCGCUGGGCCAUCUGGCCUGAUGGCAGCCUACUGGAUGGCUCGCUGUGGAGUCAACGCACGCAUAAUCGACAACCGUGACACGAAGGUCUUCCUAGGCCACGCAGACGGGCUUCGUGCACGAACGCUAGAGUUGUUCGAUAGCAUGGGAUUCCAACACCGUGUUCUACAUGAGGGAUCCGUCUCUACCGAGGCGAACAUUUGGGUCCCCGGUCCACAGGGAAAACUAGUCCGAGAAGCUCAAAUCGACAUCUCUAGGGUUGACGAGUCCCCCUUCCACAAUACACGCUUGAACCAGGGACGCAUUGAGCGGUUUAUUCUCGAUAGUAUUCGGGAGCACUCUGACCUCGACGUGGAACGGAGCGUGAUCGCCGACUCUUUGGAAUAUGACGAGGAGUCGGGUGAUGAUCCCAACUCGUAUCCUAUCACCGUCAAGGUCCGAGUCCUUGGUGAAGAUGAUUUGGAUCGACCGCGCGAACAGGAAACAGACGCUGAGUCUGGAGCGGUUGGCAACGAGGUCAACUGUAGUAAUUUGCUUCCUGAUGACUGGGCCGAUCUAGCGCCGCGCCAAAAGCCACAGAAGACGCAGGUCGAGACGAUCAAAGCCAAGUACCUGAUCGGGUGUGAUGGUGCUCACAGCUGGACGAGGAAACAGCUAAACAUCCCCAUGGAAGGGUCUAACACGGACCACAUAUGGGGCGUGAUAGACGUCAUACCAAUCAGCGAUUUCCCGGAUAUCCGCCGCGUAAGCGUCGUGAACAACGCCGCAGGCACAAUCCUCGUGAUCCCACGCGAGUGCGGCUUAGUCCGAUUCUACGUCCCCGUGCAAACCUGCGAAGCGGACACAACUGACCGAUUCGACCGCUCAAAGAUCACGCCGGAGCUAAUCCGAGAGCGUGUCCAAGCCAUCUUCGCCCCCUUCACUUUCGACUUCAAGGAAUGUAGCUGGUGGACCGUCUACCAAGUCGGCCAGCGGAUCGCCACCCAAUCCACAAAGGACAACCGGAUCUUCCUUGCUGGUGAUGCCGUCCACACGCACUCACCUAAGAUGGGGCUUGGGAUGAAUAUGAGUAUGCAGGAUGGGUUCAAUGUUGGAUGGAAGAUUGCUCUUGCCGUGGCGGGUACUCUCAAACCUGAGAUUCUUGAUACGUAUGCUACGGAGAGACACCCGCUUGCGGAGAUGUUGCUUGACUUCGAUCGCCAUUGGUCGCCUAUGUUUACUGAUCGGAAACCGGGAGCAGGAGAUACGAAAGCUUCAGAUAUGGCCCUUGUUGCGGGGAGGUUUGAGGAUUUUGCUGAUGGUUGGAAGGUCUUUUACCCCGCCAGCAGUCUUGUUCGGAAGGCUGAAGACAAUGCUGAACUUGCUUUUGCACGGCACAUGAUUCCUGGGGAGAGAGUCCGGCCGGUGAAGCUCCGCAAUCAGGCUGAUGGUGGUACGCGAUGGACAACAAGAGCUUUAGAAAGCGACGGGCGCUUCCGCAUUCUAGUUUUGGCUGGGGAUAUACGGAACCCAAUGCAGAAACAACGCAUUGAGACCUUGAGCCAGGGCUUGGCUGGACAAACUGGAUCAGGAAUUUCACCACUGGGUCGCUACUUGGAGAUUCCCGGUCAAUUCAAGAGUCCUGUUGAUGUCCUCACCAUUCAUACUUCGCCGUGGAAAGAGGUAGAAUUCUUUGAUUUCCCAGAGAUUCUGCGUCCAUUGGAUCCGGUGAAUGGAUGGGCAUAUGACAAGAUUUGGUGUGAUGACGCCUGCAGGUUUGACCGAUAUUGCGAUGGAACGGCAUAUGAGAAGUGGGGGGUUGACCAGGUUCUUGGGGCGCUGGUAGUCGUCCGCCCGGAUCAAUAUAUCGGAUGGGUGGGUGAACUUGGAGAUGUGGAGGAAUUGACGCAGUACUUGGAUAGAAUUCUCGUGAAGAAGUCACCGACAGACGAGGUUGACGCUGUCCUCUAG